CUUCAGCAAAAUCUCUCGAAACGUGCGUCGGGCGCCUCUUCAAACCUGGCGGUGUCGAAAUCCAAAAGGUCAGCCAAUUUGUAAGGCCAUUGAUACGUUAGGCCAUUGAUAUGUUAGGCCAUUGAUAAGUUAGACCAUUCAUAUAUUAGAUCAUUCUGUUAGGUCAUUCUUAUGUUAGGUCAUUCUUAUGUCAGGCCAUUCUUAUGUCAGGCACCCAUUUCCUGUUGCAGUUCUACUAAGAUGAAAGCCUUGAUUUAUAUCGUGCGUUGAUGUUGGACUAAUUUUCUUUUUCAAUUAACACAACGGUAAGACAGGUUCGUCUGGCUGAGCUGACAUUGUGUAAACUAUCCUUAAAUAAUCUUUCCGAACCUUUUUUUCACCAUGUCUCACCAGCGUCGCCAGAAAGCCCGAUGGUCGUAGCCCGUCGAUGGGCAGCAGCACAAAUUUAGCCAACAACAACAACAACAGGAACCAGAGCAGGUUGGUCAACAAGAACUACAACGCCGAGGAGAGCAGCAGCAGCUUCGACGAGGACGAGACCAGGCUCAAACCCGAGCAGAGGACUGUCGUUGUUGUAAGUGGUGGCGAGCUGACGUUGUUGUGAGUGGUGGCGAGCUGACGUUGUUGUAAGUGGUGGCGAGCUGACGUUGUAAGUGGUGGCGAGCUGACGUUGUUGUAAGUGGUGGCGAGCUGACGUUGUUGUAAGUGGUGGCGAGCUGACGUUGUUGUAAGUGGUGGCGAGCUGUCAUUGUUAUAAGUGGUGGCGAGCUGACNUGUAGGUGGUGGCGUGCUGACGUUGUUGUAAGUGUUGGCGAGCUGACGUUGUUGUAAGUGGUGGCGAGCUGACGUUGUUGUAAGUGGUGGCGAGCUGUCGUUGUUGUAAGUGGUGGCGAGCUGACGUUGUUGUAAGUGGUGGCGAGCUGUCAUUGUUGUAAGUGGUGGCGAGCUGUCAUUGUUGUAAGUGUGCAAGUUUUAUUUUAUUCACCAGAAAAAACUUCCUACACGUAAUAGCUUGCCAUGAAAUAGAUUUUUAUUUGUGUAAAUACGGUAAGUGGUAGUGGAGGCGUCACCAGUUUGUAAACUGUAACACGUAGAAUAAUUGGUUUUUGAAUGAAUUGUGUUUUAUAGUAGAUUUAAGAAACCUCUAUUGUGUUAUGUGUUAGCUUUAUUGUAUAUAGCACAGACCUAACCCCCUUCUCCUGCACACACACACACACACACACACACACAAUGCAGACGGUGACAUUGGAUUUGGUCCAUCUCUCUGUGUAGACAUCAUUCUUUUUAAAGUAAAGUAAAUAAAAGAAUUGUGAUUUUAGGGGCCAAACAAAAUGCACGUCAUGCUCCAGGGAGUGGGGGCACAGGGAGUGGGGGGCAGAGGCGUAGCGAGGGGGGGGCAGGGGCGACAGAUGUUUCCGGGCGCCAGCUAGUUAGGGGCGCCAAAAUGUGCUUUGAUAUUAUUUUAUUGAUGGAAAUAAUGGGUUUGAGGGUUGAAAAAUAGAAAAAGGGGCGCUUUAAAAUGGAUCUUUUCCCCGGGCGCGAAUCUUGUCCCCGGGCGUUAAACACCCUCGCUACGCCUCUUGUGGGCGAGGGGGGGUGUCUAAGUAAGUUUGGCAGUUUGUGACGCUGAAGGAGGGGGGUUAAGAUAUUUUGUGACGUCAACGCAGUUUUUUUUUAAAUUCUAAAUUAUAUAAAAACCUGAAAUUGACAGUGACGUUUAACGUCUGAUGUGAUAGGUGAACUCUGACAGAAGAAUCCGCGUCUACACUUCUAUAAAUGUAAUAGUUUAAUAGGUACCUGCAAGUGAUUUUUUUUUUUAGAUUAAACGUUAAUUUGUUGUAGAUUUUUUAAAAACAAUUUUUAAUUCGAAAGCGUGACGUACUCAAAAGUAGGAAAAAAAAAAGGGGGGGGGGGAGGUCUGAGAUUUAUGACAGAUUAUGAAAGGGGGAGGGGGUGAGUAAGAAUUGUCAAAGAAAUAGCGUGACGUACUUUAUGGACGGGCCCCCAUUUUGACUUGUUUGUGUGACUGCCAUUGCAAAUCACGGGCGAAUGGGUUCAUCACAGAAUUGCAUGGAACGCGAAUAAAUAUUACAAAUAAAAUUUUCAAAUUGAUUGGGUGAACUUAAAAGUAUCACAACCCUAUAAUAAGAGGCCGCCCCAAUUUCAGUUUUGGUUUCAGCGCCCAAAGCUGCCAUUUGAUCACUUUAGUCGCAGUUUCGGUUUCGGUCGCAAGACAAACACAUAAAACCAGCUUAAAUAGAAACAGAGCUUUAAAGGGGGGGAGCUAACCUACAGAACCUUUUAUAACUCCCUCAGGCAUUACCUCCCAUUCCGAGCAGUUACUACGCCCUUUCCGGCAUGGAGGCUCUGAGGAGACCCAAGAGGGUAGAGCCACGCCAGCAGGAGGAGCUGCUCGAGGAGAUCAUGGACGAAGCGCUGCCACCUGUC